UCGGAAAUCAUGUUGAUCCAUCCGUUAAUUGUUUGAUUUCCCGUCUCCGCUGCGGCCUUCUUCCACCGGGACGCUGCCGGAGUCACUGUUCAUCAGAAACUCCUCCGUUUCAGCUUGACUUCUGAAGAAUAAGGUUUGAAGGACCUUCAAUGUCUUUACGCAGACCUCCACUUCCUCGAUUACUUCUCAACAACGUUUCUUGCAUGAGAAACGCUCAACAAAUCUUACGCCAUACAAACAUCUCAAUUCACGAUGGUGGAGCCCUAGUACUCACCGGAGCAAACGGCUCCGGCAAGUCUACCUUCUUACGAAUGCUCGCCGGAUUCUCCAAACCAUCAGCUGGUGAGAUCCUAUGGAAUGGCCAUGACAUAACUGAGUCAGGAGUUUUCCACCAAUAUAAACUUCAACUCAACUGGCUCUCACUCAAAGAAGCCAUUAAAUCCAACUUCACUGUUCUUGACAAUGUUCAAUGGUUUGAAGUUCUUGAAAGUAAACAAGGAAAAUCUUUACCUGCUCUUGAGUUCAUGGGGCUUGGUAGACUUGUCAAUGAGAAAGCACGGAUGCUUUCAAUGGGUCAAAGAAAAAGAUUGCAGCUUGCAAGAGUUAUGGCCAUGGAUAGACCGAUUUGGCUGCUUGAUGAACCUUCUGUUGCUUUAGAUGAUGAAGGUGUGAAGCUUUUGGAACAGAUGAUUGCAGAUCAUAGGAGCCAGGGUGGAAUAGUCAUUGUAGCUACACAUCUCCCGAUUGAGAUUCAAGAUGCUAUGAUCUUGAGAUUGCCUCCCAGGUUUCCAAGAAGGAUAACUUUAGUAGACAUGCUUCCUCAUUGAGUAAUUAAUCAUGACGUUGGUGAUUUGAGUGGAUAAUAUCCCUAGUCUUAAACUUUUAUAAGGCAUGACGAAAAACCUAGAGUCCUUGCUAUUUUAGAGUUUUUGUCCUUAAUUGGUGAAUUUAUAUGUCAUUGGAGUUAAAUGGCAGUUAUGACCAUUUGGAUGGGUUUUGGUGAAAACUGAGG